GUUCAUCCAGUGAUGAAAGCCAGUACAGUUCAUCUAGUGAUGAAAGCCAGUACAGUUCAUCUAAUGAUGACAGCCAGUACAGUUCAUCUAGUGAUGAAAGCCAGUACAGUUCAUCUAGUGAUGAAAGCCAGUACAGUUCAUCUAGUGAUGAAAGCCAGUACAGUUCAUCUAGUGAUGACAGCCAGUACAGUUCAUCUA